AUGAUUGAUGUUAAUAAGUUUGUUUUUGAAAACGAAGUUGAGAAUAAUCCUCUUAUUGGUGUUCAGCUCACGGCAAUGAAGUAUUUUGGCUACAUGAUUUUCGAGUAUCAACAAUUGAAGCGUUUACACUGCUUUAGAGGAGUCAUUUUUACCGUCACGUUUAUUUUAUUCAACUUAGCACAGUACGUUGAUUUAUUUAAAAAAAUAAAUGAUGUCAAUGAGCUUGCGAAAAAUGCCUCGACAACAUUGCUUUUUACCACGACCUCAUUUCGGAUGAUUAAUUUCUAUUGGAACCGCACCCGCUAUGUGAAUCUCAUUAAGGAAGUUGAUAAAAAUCUCGUCAAUGCUAUAAAUUUUGGUGAUAAAACGAUACAAGAUGUUAUUGCAGAUUAUAUAAAGUAUUUAAAACGAUUGACUGUUACUUUUUGGAUUAUUGCAUUAGUAACAGCUAAUGGAAUGUGUGUUAAAUCAGUAAUUGAAGGGAUUUAUCUGGAAUAUCAAGUUGCUCACAACAAUUUGGAGGAAUAUGAGAUAGAUGAGAAAGAGAAAAGUUUUAACAUCAGCACAAAGAAGCAACUCAAACAGACACAUAAUCUAUCACGUCCUCUCCGUGUAUCAACGAUGAAUAUAAAUGUUGCGGAACCUUAUUGGGAUUAUUUGCAAUUUAUAAACGCAAGUUUAACACUUUAUAACUUAAACAAUAAUCAUCAUAACAAUAAUAACAAUAAUAAUAAUUUAAAUAAUAAUAAUAAUAAUAACAACAACAACAAUAACAAUAAUAACAAUAAUAAUUUAAAUGGUAAAAAUGGCAACAACAUCACAGAUGAACUGCUACCUGUGCUGAUAUUUAAUAAUUCAAAUUUAUAUUUUAACUCAAAUUGUUGCCAAACGACAUCAAUCGCAACAACAACAGCGGACCCAAAUUUCACACAGUACCUGCAAGAACUUCCUAGUGAUCGCGUUAGCUUAUUAGCAUUUCUAUUUCUAUUUUCAUUCGCAACAGUUUUUGGAAAUUCUCUUGUGAUAUUAGCUGUUAUACGCGAGAGAUAUUUGCAUACGUCAACAAAUUAUUUCGUAACGAGCUUAGCUGUGGCUGAUUGUCUUGUUGGAUUAGUUGUAAUGCCUUUUUCAGCCCUUUAUGAGGUGCUACAAAAUACAUGGUUCUUUGGUGAAAAUUGGUGCGACAUAUGGAGAUCACUUGACGUCCUCUUUUCGACAGCUUCAAUACUUAAUUUAUGUGUGAUAUCAUUAGAUCGAUAUUGGGCAAUUACAGAUCCAUUUUCAUAUCCAAUGAAGAUGACAAGAAAUCGAGCGAUGGUUCUUAUAGCAGCUGUGUGGAUUUGCUCAAGUCUAAUUAGCUUUCCUGCAAUAUAUUGGUGGCGUGCAGCUCGGAGUGGUCCUAUGCCAGCUUUCAAAUGCAAUUUUACCGAACAUUUAGGAUAUUUAGUCUUCUCAUCAACAAUCUCAUUCUAUUUACCAUUGCUUGUAAUGGUAUUUACGUACUGUAGAAUAUAUCGUGCUGCAGUCAUUCAAACGAGAUCUCUGAAAUUGGGUACGAAGCAAGUACUCAUGGCAUCUGGUGAAACGCAAUUAACAUUAAGAAUUCAUCGUGGCGGAACGACCCGUGAACGUGAAUCAUCUCAUCAUCAUCAAUUGCAACAUCAACAUCAACAUCAAAAUACAACGGCAAACUCAACGCCAGAGGAGCCUGAUGAAGAGCCACUAUCUGCCUUACACAACAACGGUAUUCGACGUGAUAGACAUAUUGUAAAGAAUUUUUCUCUCUCGCGAAAAUUGGCGAAAUUUGCGAAGGAGAAAAAGGCAGCAAAAACAUUAGGAAUUGUUAUGGGGGUCUUUAUAAUUUGCUGGCUUCCGUUUUUUGUUGUAAAUUUGCUCACCGGCCUUUGCGUAGACUGUAUAGCGCACGAGGAGAUUGUGAGCGCUGUAGUUACAUGGUUAGGAUGGAUAAAUUCAAGUAUGAAUCCUGUUAUCUAUGCAUGUUGGAGUCGAGAUUUCAGAAGAGCAUUUGUUCGGAUAUUGUGUGUAUGUUGUCCUAGGAAAAUUCGAAGGAAAUAUCAACCAACAAUGAGAUCAAAGGCUUCCCAGUGUCAUUUAGCGAGCGUUGUCACAUCAACAGCAUCUAGCUGCAGCGUAUGCGAUGGUACACAAAUGAGAACAACAAGAUUGAGAAGCUGUUCGAAAAUGAGACACAACCUCCAUAAUAAUUGUUGUCACAAUCAUCAUCAUCAUUAUCAUAGACGUAAUCGAGUGAUAAAGCUUAAUAAACGAUGUACAUUUGCAACAACAACCACUGAUAUACCAAAUACAAAUGAGCUUAUAACUGAGGAGAAUCAGCAUAUGUCAUUUAAAAGCCAAAGUUCGAAUUCAAGCAAUGCAUCAUCCAUUAGGAUUAUUGAGUAGUAGACAUGAUAUGACAUGUGGUGUAGAAAAUAAAUCUAUAUAAG